UUAUGGAAGUCCAAAAGGUUUACGAAUGUUCUUUUCAAUGUUACAUUUGACGAAGGCCAUUGUAUUAGUGAAUGGGGCAAAGAUUUUCAACCUUUGUAUAGUGAAUUGGGGAACCUUCGAUGGUUCCUUCCAGACCAUGUCUCUUUUCAUACAGUGUCAGCGACAAUGCCACCACACAUCCUCCAUGAUGUUCAGUCAAAACUUCAUAUUCGAUCAUACAAUACUACAAAGAUUAUACGCUCUAAUGACCGUCCCAACAUUCACCUCAUGGUGGAGGAGAUGAAAUAUUCCCAGCAGCUCCAUGCAUGA